AUGGAGAGGAGAGGCAAGCUGUCAAUCUAUGACCGGUCGCUGCAGAAGACGAGGAGCGAGGUGAGCCUCUCUGCAUUCGGCUUCCUCUUCGCCGAGGUCGUGGAGUACUGCCUGAAGAAGGCCGCUGUCAUGCACGACCUCGAGGAGUGCCUUCAUGAUCUCGGGAUUCCGGCGGGCGUCCGCAUCUUGGAUCUGUACGUUCUGCGGGACAACCGGAAUCGGCGCGAGACGAGGCUGCUACCGAUGUUGACCUUCAUCGCCGGUCCCAUGUGGAAGAACCUGUUUGGCCAUUCGGCGGAGCUUUUCAAAGCUGAGACGGACGACAAUUCGUACUACGUGAACGAUAAGACGCUGCUGGUGAAUCGAUUCAUUUCCGUCCCGCGCGACCUGGGCGAUGUGAACUGCGGCGCGUUCGUUGCAGGCAUGGUGGAAGGGAUGCUGCGAAGUGCGGAGUUCCCUGCAACGGUCAAAGCCCACAACAUGCCGGACCAUCCAGGCAACGCGGCCACGACAAUCGUGAUCGCGUUCGACGAAGUUGUGAUGGCGAGAGAGCGGAAAUUUGGCACAUGA